AUGAACAACGCCUUCCCUUCUUCCCGACCACCACCAUUCUCGGAUCAACGUGAUGUACUGCUGAAAGAUGAACUUGUGGACGGGCCAUCGUCGCUCUUCAAUCCGACAAGAGCACGCUUUGAACACACACCAAAGGCUAGCGAUAUAAAGGGCUCAGCCUCCGGAUUACCCGAUCACCCUGGAGCCGACGUUCACAACGAAGCUCAAUUCCAAUGGCGCUCUCGAGACAAUCGCAAAGGCAACGAAUCACCCUUCCAAACCUCAACAGCAGCACUAACAACCCUCCUAGGUCGGCACACCCUAGUCGUUCCAACCGACAACGCCGCCCAAGGCCUCCCAGCACCAACGUCAUCCUCCCGAGCCAUCGCCAACGGCAUCGGGCGCAUGUUCGCCACCUUUCCCUGGUGGGACGUCUCUUUCCUUGUCGCCUUCUUUUUCUCAGUCGGCUCCGUCGUCUUCAUCAUCUGCGGUUUCUUCUACUGGCUUCCCCUGGCAGCUCCAAGCACAGACUUCCCCUACGAAAGCGCAACGGCGGGAGGUAUCACUUCAUUCAUUGGUGGAACGCUGUUUGAGAUUGGAGCUGUGUUUCUGGUCAUUGAAGCUACGAAUGAGAAUCAGACCGGAUGCUUUGGAUGGGAGCUCGAGCAUGUCGUUUCCGAGCACGAAAAUCCCGGCAGAGCGAGUGUACGAUACAAGCCGGAGAAGAGUGCUUGUGGUCACCACCACAGCGGCAACCGAGGAUUUUUGAGAGGCGCUCUAGGCUCGAAAGGCUCGCAGCGACGAUGGGAAUGGUGGCCGACCUGGCAUGAGCUACGGACUCACUACUUGCGCGAGAUCGGCUUCUUGGGUUCCUUUGCGGAGUUCGUCGGAGCAACUGUCUUCUACAUCAACACUAUACUCGCUCUACCUGGCGUCUACAGUUCCCUUAGUCAGGGUGUUAUAUGGGGCUUGUACUGGUUGACAUACCUUGUUGGAGGUGGUCUCUUCAUCGUGUCAUCUGCACUGUACAUGCUUGAGACCCAGCCAAAUUGGUAUACACCUGCACCUCAUGUGCUCGGGUGGUGGGUUGGCGUGUGGAAUAUGAUAGGUUCGGUUGGUUGGACUCUGGCUGCUGCUCUGGGAUAUUGCGACCUGAGUGGAUGCCAAUAUCAGAGUAAUCUGACGCUAAUCUGGGCAUCGAUUGCUUUUCUGAUUGGGAGUCUGAUCUUGUGGUUUGAGGCUCUGGACAAGUAUCCUGUCGAGAAAGAAGGGCAUAAGUCAUAG